AUGGCCAAACUACAGAGACAGUUCAAGAUUAUGGAAGGAGAUCGGCAAGCGUACAACCUACAGGCCAGGGAGCAGAUCCGCAAGCAAGAGCGGGAGAUAAAUAAGCUGCAGAAAGAGCGUGAGGAGUUGCAUCGGAAUCUUAAUGCAUGUAAGAGCUCAUCCCGCCAACAACAGGACAGUGAUGACACCCAGAGUCUACGAGCUCUGCUGGAGCAAAAAGACAUGCUGGCCAAGGAGCUGGAGAGGGAAAAGCAAAGUCAAAAAGAUAUAAAUAAAGAGAUAGCAAACAUAGAGUUAAAGAUGGCAGAGCUGCGAAAACAAAAGGUCAACACUAGUGAUGCACAGAGGUCUGAGGUUCAACAGUCACAAAAGGCCAUACGCUCUUUGGAAUACAAACUGGACAGAGCCUUAACCCGCUUCAAUGAGCAGCUAAGCAACAACAGCCACCUGAGAGAGGAGUUGCAGACUCUUCAAAUUGAGCGUGUCCGUUUCCAGCAACUAAAGAAGAGGCUGGAAAAGGAACUGUACGAUAUCCGCAAGAGGAUCGGGGAAAUUGUCACCAUGUCCACUGCUGCUUAUGAUGCCAGGGUGGAGGCUCAGUCUAAGAUGACCAUGAUGAAAGAGAAGGCAGAGAAGGAGCUUACCCAGUACAAUGCAGAGAUGAAGGAACUGGAAAGGGUUAUCGCACACGAGUGUAGCCUGAAAGAGUUUAUGUCCACUAAGUGCAGCGAGAAGAGCGGACAGGAUGACGGCCAUGAGAUGGGACACAGACAAGUGUCAGAGCUGAAGGAGCAGAGGAGGAUGGACUCAGGGGAAGAGUCUCUGGACACUCUGGAGGAGGUUUUUGAGAAGAUCCAGACUGUGACAGGCGAGGACAACCUGGACCUGCUGGUCACCAGGUUCAUUCAGGACGAAGACCGGAACUUUGCACUCUUCAAUUUUGUCAAUGAGCAAAACAAUGAAGCUGAAUCUCUGAGGGAUCAAAUCAGUCAGAUACAAUCAGAGAUCGAGCAGUAUGGAGAAUCAAGUUUGCAAAAGGAGCGAGAUCAUCGCUCUCUGCUGAGAGGCUUUGAUGAGAAACAAAAGGAAAUUGAAUACCAAGCUGAGGACUACGAAAACCGAGCCAGCAUCAUAAGCAAAAUCCUGGAUGAGACAAAGACAGGAGUGAACAGCAUCUUCUCUAAAACAGAGUGUGACCGCUCAGUGAUCGAGGAUAAACUCGGCUCCUCUGCAGGGAUCAGUGAGAACAACAUCAUGUCCUACCUGGGUCUGGUGGAGCAGAAGACCAAUGAGCUGCUCACAAUACAAGCUUUCCAAAACUCUAAAGAUCUGGAAAAGGACUACAAUCCUAAAGACCUGCCCAAAUUUCUUUUGGGUCAAAAUCCUGAACUGCUUCAGCACAAAAUUAGCAUCCAACCUGCGAUCAACAGUUUGGAUUAUGAUGCAGAAGACUCUCCCGUCACUGAUGAGGAAGAACGGCCACUCUCACAGGGGGAACUUCGCAGAAGAAUAAUGAAAGGGGUUCAGAAGAGAGAGAGUUCAGGUCGACAGGCAGCAACUAAAGCCUCAAAGAUUUGAGGCUCCCUCGAAGACCCACUGUUGCAGAAAAUUCACCUGAACCUGGUGUAGUUCAUACUCACACUGAAUACUCAUCUGCAGCUGAAGGACCUGUUUACAUCAUAAUAUUGAGGCUAUGACAGCAACCAUGUUGAUCAGUCAUUUUUAAAUUGUUCCAGCUUAAACAUAUGAUUCAUUAAAAUGUUUUAAUGUCAACUUUAACAAAGAAUCAUUGGCCUGCCCUGUGUAUAACAUGUUUCAUUACUUUAGUUUGAACUAAUUUGAUUUAGAGCUAUAAAAUGCUUUUCUCAGACUCCAGUAACCAGCUGUCCUUUUGAAGUGUCACUUGCCAUCUGGCUUUGACUCUACAAUCUGCUCCGAGUACAGCCGCCCCUCGCUGCCAGCACUUCUUCACAUGAUACUUGCUGCUAUGCUCUAAAAGGAAAGGUUGGGGGCAGCAGAACCUUUUGUAAUCGUAAUUGGCAUGCCGAGUCCUUGAUUCUGUGUUCCAAAAAAAAAAAAAGGAGGUGCUUUAGUGUUUUACUGUAACCUCAGAUGUUUGGCUAAUUGUUGUUGGUGUUUUUUUUUUGUUUUUUUUUAAAGAUGUAGUUUUGAAUCAAAUGCACUUUAAGAUUAAUUGUCACAACAUUUGUAUUCAUACGAACUAUCCUCUAAAUCAGUGGUUAAAAACUGGUCUUGCCUCAGGACCCAC